AUGCCUGCAGGACGCCCGGCUACACGCCAGCGUGUUGUACAAAACGAGAACGAUGAGAACACUGCCAACACGCGUUUGACGCGUGCCAAAGCCGCCGCUGGCGGUCCUGAAGACCUUGGGAAAACGGGCAAGACCGCGUUGCAAACCAAGAAAUCAACCGCAAACGUUGCCGGUCAGAGGAAAAGAGCAGCUUUGGGAGAUGUGAGCAACGUGAACAAGACAGAAGCCCAGAAGGCUGCUGGCGGCAAGAGUCUGAAGGCUGCUCAGCCCACUGGUGUGCAAAAGCCCGCCGCGCGCCCCGCGAGUCGGGCUGCUACAGCCGCCAAGGACCCUAAGAAGGUUGAGAUCAAGAAGUCAGGCGCCGGCGCCAUCAGUGCCGUGCAAAAACGCAAGGUCCUCAGCGCAACCACACACAGCCGGGAGCCAUCAGUCACCGUCGAUGAGGCAGAGCCCGUUCGUAAGAAGGCUCACACUAUGGAUGCCGAGAAGCGCAUUCGGUCCGAGUCAAAGGCCGACAAGGAGAAUGAGGCUGUUGCUAGUGCCAAGGCCGAUGCCAUUGCGGAGGCCAAGGAGACUGCUCUUCACCAACAGAUUCGGAACUUGGAUGAUGAGGAUCACGAUGACCCGCUCAUGGUGGCCGAGUACGCCAAUGACAUCUUCGACUACCUUCGUGAGCUCGAGGCUCCCUCCAUGCCCAACCCCGACUACAUGGCAUCGCAAGACAACCUUGAAUGGCAGACGCGUGGCAUUCUCGUCGACUGGCUCAUUGAGGUCCACGCGCGCUUCCAUCUUCUGCCUGAGACGCUCUUUCUUGCCGUCAGCAUCAUUGACCGAUUUCUCUCGGUGAAGAUUGUCCAGCUCGACCGUUUCCAGCUGGUCGGUAUCACUGCCAUGUUCAUCGCCUCCAAGUACGAAGAGGUCUUGUCGCCCAUUGUCAGAGAUUUCAGGCACGUUGCCGACGACGGCUACACCGAGGCCGAGAUCCUCAGCGCUGAGCGUUCCAUCUUGACCGCCCUCAACUACGAUCUCAGCUACCCCAAUCCCAUGAACUUCCUUCGACGUGUCUCCAAGGCGGACAACUAUGACAUCCAGUCUCGGACCAUUGGCAAGUACCUCAUGGAGAUCAGCCUUCUUGACCACCGCUUCAUGGAGUUCUGCCCCAGCCACGUUUCUGCCGGCGCCAUGUUCCUGUCACGCCUCAUGCUGGACCGCGGAGAGUGGGAUGCAACCAUCGCCUACUAUGCAGGCUACACGGAAGCUGAGGUCAUGCCUGUCGUCAUGCUGAUGGUCGACUACCUCGCCCGCCCUGUCUGCCAAGAGGCCUUUUUCAAGAAGUAUGCUAGCAAGAAGUUCCUCAAGGCUUCCAUUGUCGCCCGCCGUUGGGCAAAGGAGAAUGCCGAAGCUUUCGGCCUCACCAACCUCAGGCAACAACCCCUUUACAUCAUGAACAUUGAUGACGCCGCGGACGCGGAGGGGUCAUGA